UCCAGUCUCCAUUAGUUCCCUCGUAAAGAAAGAAAAAGUCAUUCGUAGAGAAAAAACCAGACCACCAAAAUUUCUCCUCCUCUCUCAGAACUCCACCAUAGAAACCUAAUUAAGCCCUUAUAUCAGAAAACCUCACUAAGAUUAACCUUUUACAUCUCUCAAUUGUACAGCAGUUAGGUUUAAUUUUCAAAAUCAUCAUGUACAGGUAAAUCUCAACAGCUCUAGUUGUAGUUUUUCAUCAGGUUGAUCUCAACAGCUUAAGUUGCAGUUCAGAUUUUCAUCUUGUACAGGAUCUGGAACUGAUUUACUCAGAAAUAUUCAGGGAGUUCUUUCUUCAUUUUAGUGAUUUUCUCUUAAGGAUCUUCUUCAAUUUUCAGAAAUGAAGAUGGAAGAAUAGUUCAUACUACAGAUGACGAGGUAGAAGCUGCUCCAGAGGCUGCUAAGAAGCAUAGCUCCGUAGAUGCUGGGGAUGCAAAUGGUCAGAUCUCAGUUUGGGUUGCAGAUAGAAAAUGAGUAUGGACCAUAGGAAUGGGAAAUUGGAGCUUUUGGUAAAGAAAAUGGGCUUCAUGGCUUUAGGACUUGGCACUUGUGUCCCAUGGGUUAUGUGCAAACACGAAGAUGUUCCUGAUCACGUUGUUAAAAGAAUACAAGAUCAGAAGAUGGCAUUAAGAACUUCUGGAAGAUUCAUCUCCUGGCGGCUCGUUGGUGGAACCAGAAACUUCAGCGGCAACACUAUGUGUACUGAAGAUGUUGGAGUUAAGGCGAACUAAGAGAUCCCUCCUUAAUGAUUAUCACUUUCCUAGUGAAUGCAUUCUUGAGCUAUGCGAUAUAUAGACGUCGUAAGCGGAUCUGUAGACAUUGAAUACCAAGCAAGUUCUUGAUCUUGUUUUUUUUGUUUGUAAUUCUAUUAUCCUUCUUAUCCUUCUUUUCUUUGUAUCUUCCUUUUAGAAAUUUUAUGUUACUAUUAGGUAAAUAAAAAAAAAUGUUUGAGUUCGGUCUUAUCCUUGGGCACAUUCAUUUAAUUGGUGUCAUGUUUUAUUCACCAAUUUUUGAAGCUGGGAUGAUGUAUGCACGAAAAUAGUUCUUUUUAGUAACCCCAAUUUCUUAAAUUUUUGUUAUCAUUUCUGCCGUUCAAGUCACUAGCUAGUAAACUCGUGAUCGCAAUUAGGAGAGUCUCAAUCGCGUAGGAAGUUUUAGUUUGUGUGACAGGAGUUCAUGGUUCCGAGUUCGGGCUGUUGUUAAAUCAACUUUUCUGAAAUUAUCCAAGUUGGAUCAAUUUCUCCAAGCUUUCAGGUGGUAAAUAUCUUUUAUUAUGUGUUUUCAUAUGUUUUAGUUUGUGGUUAUAUUGAAUAAAUAGUCCCAGUUGUGGAACUUUACAAAAAAGAGUAAGCAUGAAUGAUGUUACGCGAGCUGAUGGAAGAUUAGCAUUAUGAACUCGAGAAAGGAGUGGUUUACCUGAUGGAACUGAAUUGACAUAUCACAUGAAUGGUCAAGAAAUUUAUAGAAAAAAUCCUAAUGUAAAUGAUAAACUCGUUUUCUCCAGCAGCAAUACUGCACGGCAAGUGCUUGAUAAAAAGCUUGAAAGAAAACAAAAUUGGACUUCUAGGAAUCCGUGGAAAAAGAGUAUGAUGAGUGUUAUGUCUUGGUUAAGACCUGAAGUUACGACUUGUGGAGAUAUUUAUGCUGGUAUUGAGGAAACUGAGAAUAUGGAGAUCGAUUCUUGUAUGGACGAGACAGUAGAAGGGAGUAGUGGAUGUGAUCCAAGAGAUAGUACUACUGGAUUCAAUGUUGCAGAGUUCUAUGAUUCAAUCAAACCAUCCAAGGGAGAGCCAAUGCUAGAUGAUGAACUCCCUGACUUGCUUCCUACAUUUAGACCUUACCAACGUCGUGCAGCUAAUUGGAUGGUUCAAAGAGAGAAAGGAGCUUCAGGAAAUUUGAAUUCUGAGGAUCAAAAUCAAUUUUUUAGGCCGCUCUGUGCAACUGUUUGUUUCCUCGAUACAGAGUCAAAAAUGUUUUAUAAUCCGUUCAGUGGAAAUAUUUCAUUGCAUCUAGAAUCAUCAUUGUCGUACGUCUCUGGCGGGAUUCUUGCUGAUGAGAUGGGCCUGGGAAAAACUGUCGAACUGCUCGCUUGCAUCUUUUGCUCAUCGCAGACCAACAUCUGAUAGCGACGUAACUUUUGACAAUCAAAUGCAAGUUAACAGACAUCAGAUUAGUAACCUAAAGAGAUUAAAAAGAGAACGUGUCGAGUGCAUAUGUGAGGCUGUGAAUGAAAGCUAUAAAUAUAAGGAUUAUGGGUACAAUGUGAUAUUUGCGAUGCUUGGCAGCAUGCAGACUGCGUUGGUUACUCACCAGUAAGAAGUCCUUCGGAUUCUCAUGAAGCUGCAGAGGGUACAGGCCAUCAGCAGGUUCCAUCUGUGAAGAAUAAGGAAAGCAUCUCAACCAAAAUAGUUGAAGAUGAUGGGAAUUUUACUUGCCAAUUGUGCUUGGAACUGAUUCAAGCCUCUAGUUCUCCAGUUAAUACUGGGGCAACUCUUGUUGUUUGUCCAGCUUCAAUUUUACAACAGUGGAAACUCUUUUAAGUACCAAUGGAAGAAUGUCAUUUAAAAGAUUUUUCCUUUUCAGAUUCUCAAUCAAUCGAGCGCUCAACCGAUCACUUACUCACCCAUUAUGAGGCUGCGAAACUGCUGCAGUCUUUAUUGAAGCUUCGUCAGGCCUGUUGUCAUCCUCAAGUUGGGAGCUCUGGGUUGCGUUCUAUUCAACAUUCUCCUAUGACAAUGCAGGAGAUACUAGACGUGUGAUACACUUAAGAACUCUGUUUCCCAGUUGAUACUUUGAUUUCCCCCCUUGUUUUUUAUUUGAAAGACCCAUUAUGCAGGUUCUUGUGGGAAAACCAAGACUGAGGGAGAGGAAGCUCUGAGAAAACUAAUUGUUUCUUUGAAUGAAGUCUCGAAUUAUAUCCCAGCGUUAUAGAUUUAGCUCAUGGAGGCAUUUAGAUUGUUCUUUAUUAACUUAGUUAUGAUUUUCUGCAAAACGCCGACUUGUUUGCAGGUGCUGAUGGAAACAUCACAGAAGAACAACUUCGUCAUGUCGGGUAGUUUUUUUUUUUGACUUGUUUUUGUGCAGUUCACAACUUGACAAAACUUUUUGAAAAGGAGACUAUUGCAUUAUCUCUAUCUUAAUUUGUUUUUGUCUUGAUCCAUAAUAUAUGAAAAGAUGGUAAAUGUACGUGUAUAUAAAUUUGGUCCAAAGACACAAGAUUAUGCUAUAACCCAUUAUAAUAUUAAAAUCUGAAAAUUAAUCAUU